UCCACUGGUGUUAUUUCAGUUCCUUUUUAAAGAAGAGCUCAGAAUCACAAGAAGGAAACUAACCCCAAAGAUGAGCCUCACGUGUAAAAUCUUAACCAGCUUCCUUCUGAUUUUCGCUGUUUCCACCAAAGGUGAGGUCUCUGAAAAUACUGAAGUCAUCUGGGGUUGCCUGGAUCAUGACAUCAACCUGGACAUUCCUGGUUUUCAAAUGAAUGAUAGGGUAGCAGAUACACGAUGGGACAAAAACAAAAUCAAGAUUGCACAAUUAAAACAAGACAAGCCACCUUACCAGAUAACGGACACGUAUGUGAUGUUAAAAAAUGGAACUCUGAAAAUUAAAGCUCUGAAGAGAAAUGAUAGCGACGUCUACACAGUAUCUGUAUAUGAUUUGAAUGGAAAAAACAUAUUGGAGAAAGCAUUUGAUUUGAAGAUUCAAGAGAUGGUCUCAAAACCUGUAAUUUCCUGGAGUUGUACCAACAGAACCCUGAUCUGCGAGGUAGCAAAAGGAAGUGACCCUAAAUUAAAACUGUUUUUAAAUGAGACCCGUAUCAAAGAAAGUCAUCAGAAGGCCAUCACACACAAGUGGAACAGCAAAUGGACUGCAUCAUUCAACUGCGUGGCGAGUAACAAUGUCGGUGCCCAAACGAGCACGGUGACCAUCAGCUGUUCAGAGAAAGGUCUGGAUAUCUAUCUCAUCAUUGGCGUUUGCGGAGGAGGCACCGUCUUCCUUGUCUUCGUGGCACUACUCGUUUUCUACAUUAGCAAGAGGAAAAAACAGAGGAGUAGGAGAAAUGAUGAAGAGAUGGAGAUAAGAGGGAAGAGAGUGACCCCUGAGGAAAGGGGCUGGAAGCCCCACCAAAUUCCAGGCUCAACUCCUCAAAAUCCAGCCAUGUCCCAAACUCCUCCAAUACCUGGUCAUCGUUCCCAAGCACCCGCUCAUCGUCCCAGGCCUCCUGGCCCCCGUGUCCAGCACCAGCAGAAGAAGAGGCCUCCUCCUACCCUGGGCAAACAAGUUCACCUGCAAAAAGGCCCUCCCCUCCCCAAGCCUCGAGUUCAAACGAAACCUCCCUGUGAGGUCGAAGAAAACUCAUAACUGUCUCCUGACGCAGCUGUCCUCUUCCUCUAAUUAAAAGAGAUUAAAAACCGUCCUUUCCCAUAAAA